UUCAGGCGAGUCCGAAAUGUUUUUUUUUUUUUUUUGUGCAAUAACAAACUGAUGAUCGAUUUCUAAUAAGAAUUUCCUUUUUGUUUGUCCUAAUUAUAUUUCCUACAUAAUUCUGUGAUCGUUAUCACGAUUUGAAUGAUUUAAAGGUUUAAGAUGAAAAUUUCCGCUUGAAUCGUGAUAUCCACCUUCAUUGUGAUUUUGAUAUAUUCGAAUGAAAAGCCGCCCAUUUUUAGUGGCCUUUUUUUUCUCAUUUCUGUUACGAAUGAUUCAGUAAUUGAUUUAUUUCAUUCUGAAUUCCAGAAUCAGGGAACAAACAAGAAAUUAAAUAAAAAAACUAUGACCAACCACCGACAAUGGUACCGACCAAUUAUUUUCCGUAUAUUGUCAAAUGCUAAACGAAUUUUGAUUAUUAUUGUCCUGACAUCAAUGCUCACAUCAUGGCUAUUAUACUGUUGGGUAUAUUCCAAUCCUUUGGACGUAACAACAGAAUCAUCAAGUGAUUUAGACCACCGCAAUAAUUAUUAUUAUUUUCAAUAUUCAUCAUAUAAUAAUAAUCGAACAUCGCCAUUUUCUUUCGAUGGUUAUGACAACGAUUCAUUUGUUUUUGAUACAAAUUUAUCAUUGUCUAAUACCAAUCCUAUCUUACGAACUGGUCGGUUAGUUACCUAUAAUAACCGAAUACAAAAGUCAAUCAUCAAUAUUGAGAAUGAUAGCUAUAAUAGUACGGUAGCUAUACAAAAUUGGAUCACAAAAUGUCAACCAUAUAUUGCCCGUUAUUUUGAUGUUUGCCAAAAAACUGAACAAUCAACCAGCGAUGAUGAUGUUGAUGAUAGCAAAACAGCUGAAUUAAACACACAUGUACAAUUGCCCGAUUAUUCUGACCAUUCAUUACCAAUAAAUGGAUUAUCUGAUCGAUUAUAUUUAUAUCAAGCUUAUGAGCGUUUCGAACAAAAUGAUAAAUAUUCAGUGGUAAUUAUUUCAAUUGUCAAUAGAAGCAUUUAUUGUCCAGAUGAUGAUAAUGAUCAACCUCAACAAAAUGAUGAAAAUCAGUUGUAUUGUCAGCUACAAAUAAAUGGAAAUGUUAUUUUAUCAAAAGCCAAUUUGCAAUGUCUUCCUGAACAUCAUAAUUAUUUAUAUACUGCUGCCGUCAUUAAAUGUUUUCCAUCCUCAUCAUUCAUAUCUAGUUUUGAUUUUGUAAGAAUUCGAGAAAAUUUGGAACAAUCAAAAUGGCUUCCAAUUCAUAACCGACAAAAAUAUUCGAACAAAUCCAUUCAAUCAGUUGUUUGUGUUCGUCCAUUAUUUGGAUCGAUUAAUGUGCUCAAUCUAUUUGAAUUCAUUGAAUUUUAUCAUAAUCAAGGUUUUGAUCGAAUCAUUUUCUAUCAUUAUGCUAAUGGUAAUUUUACUGGUAAAGCCAAACGUUUAUUAUUCUAUCUAAAUGAAACCAUGUCUUAUAUUGUACAAAUGAAAUCAAUACCAUUACCUAGAUUCAUUUGGAAACAAAUUCAUUCUGGUGGUCAAUUAGUUACCAUUAAUGAUUGUCUUAAUCAAUAUCCGAAUGCAAUACAAUUACAUGUUGAUAUUGAUGAAUUUGUUUCAUUGUCUAAUGGAGAAUCGGAAAGAAAUUACAACAUGACGAUCAUGCAAAUGAUUCGAAAAUAUUGGUAUGAAUCAAAAACAUCAUACAUAGCAUUAUAUAUUGCUAAUGUAUUGCACUGCCAUGAAUUUAAUCUGGCUCAUUCAAAUUAUUACGAAUUUACAGCAGCCCGUCAAAAAUAUCCAUUCGGAUCAAUCAAAAAUGAUGAUCAAUGUUAUGAUAAUGAUCAAACAAAUCAAAAUGGUCACAAAAAUCUAAUGUUGGCCCAAUUGUUAGAUAAUCAUGUAACCAAUAUGACGAUAGAAGAGAUGAAAAGUUUAUUGUUGGUUCCCAAUUCAAUCUUUUUUCAGGCAACACUAUGGCCAUAUCAGCUACGAUCAAAAGUGAUCAUUCUUCGACCAUGGCUAAUUGAUCUAAUGGGCAUACAUCAUGUUUGGAAAUUUCGUCAUGAUUAUGAUAUUAUUGGUAAUUCAUUUGUUGAUCAGCUUUCAUAUAUGCUUAGAUCGAAAUGGACCAUAGAUGAUAAGCAAAUUUUAUUCACAUUUAAAAAUAUUGAUAAAAAUCAACUUUUGUUGAGACAUUUUCGUUGGUGUUGUCAUCUGAAACAGCCAUAUUGGCUACAAUUAUUUCAAUUCGAUUCAUUAGAUGAUCAAGUUAUACGUUGGAAACAGAAAAAUCUAGCCGAUUGGUCGACAAUUGGUCAUAAAGUUUUUCAACAUUAUAAUCAAUUUCGUUUUAAUCAUAAUACCGUAGUCGAUUAAAAAUAUCAAAAUAUUGAUGCCUAUUUUAAAAAAAUAAAUAUUGU